AUUCAUCUUGACUUUGAAUCAGUCUGUCUUUGGCGCUCGAUCGAAACGUACGAAUUUGUUCUUCGUUGGUAAAACUCAGAAAGCAAAAACUAAAAAAUCUCAUCAUAACCGAAUAAUAAAAGUAAAAUAUAAAAAUCCCAAAUAAUAAGUGAAAUCAAGUGAAACAAAAUAAAGAGAAAAGGAACCCUUUAGCUUGUCGCGUAAAUAAAAGAAACUGAAAUAUAAAAAUAAUAUUAAAAAAUAAAAAAAAUAGAAUAAAUUAAACAGAUAACAAAGAACUUUUAAAAGUUUGUGCUCUGCUUGCAAUCGUCUGCUUGUUUAUCGGCCGGCGAACAAAAAGUCAUCGAAAUAUCUCGUUGCAUGCGUGUGCGGAUCUCAGUAUCUUCCGAUCUUAUAUUUCUAGUUUUCAAGUCACUCACUCAUCAACCUAAGGCCUAAGUGAAAUACCUAAAUCGUUUGCUUAUAAGUGGCAGCAAACCGAAGACAUCGAUCAUAAAAAAGAAAUUCGUUCGCAUUUAUAUAAAUUACGUGAAUCGCGUUUACGUGACUUGUAUCAGGGCGACAUCAUGGCUGGCAAUUUUGCUAAAGAUCCGUUCAACCCUUCGCACGGUGACUCGUUGGUAGGUCAAAAUUUUCAGAGUUUGAAAUCCCAAGAGGUACGAGAUUCAGUAAGUCCAACACGGGAUUUGAAGUUUCAUUCAAUGACUCUCAACCAUCCCAACACAACGGGUUGGGAUGUGCAAACCUCGUCAGAAGUUAGUCCAGAUGGUCGCGCAUAUCGUACCGAAACUGUGGCCACCACAGAUGGUGUUGAGAAGAUUAAUGGUGGCACCGCUGAAUUUCGAGGCCUAAAUGAGCAGCGCGCAAGCGCCUCCCAUCAGGGUGACGAUAAGAAUUUCGUAAAAAAGGCAUCGGAAAAUUCAAACACUCAUUUGCAAGAGCGCAUUGUUGUUGGCGAUGAAAAUUCUGGCCGCACCGAAAUGAAAAUGAGUUCGACGACCACUUCGUCCUCUUCUCAAGUGACAUCUUCAUCUUCAGCUGUCGAAUAUGGAGGUGGGGAGCCGAAUGAUGCCAGAUACCUUAUGGAUAAUACCAAUCGCCAGCAUCCAGGCCAAUACCCCCAACAACAACGACUGACACAAGAUCAAUAUAUUCAGCAACAACAACAACAACGCCAACAACAAUUACAGCAACAGGAAUUUGAACAAACGAAACAAUAUCAACAGCAACAACAUCAACAACGCGUUCAACAGCAAGAGCAGGAGCAACGUCAAUAUACCGAGGAGUUUAAUCGUAAUCGACAGGAAUCCUCUACAAGCCGCAAUGUGGAUACCCAACAGACGACGGAACAGAAUAGACGCGUUGUAGACGUAGAUAAGGCAUCACCUGAAUAUCAAAAACAUGUCCAAUAUCUUAUGUCACAGCCUGGCGAAAUCAUUUCGAAUACGGUUGAGUAUCCAAAGCCGAACGUUAAGAUGAUCACCACCGUUAAGCGUUUGCCUGAUGGCACCAUAGUCAAGAAUAAGCGUUACGAAACGGAGGAGCUGCGUCCUGCAGUGGAUAGCCCACGUCAACGUACAACGUCUUCAACGAGCCAGAGCAGUACUCAACAUAGAAACGAGCAACAGCGACGUGAGCAGACUGAAGAUAAUGUCUAUAACCGUCAGCAAAAUGUGCGUAAUAACACUACCAGGCGAUCUGAACAUGAUGUCGUCGAUAAUGCCGAGCCAUUUGCGCAUGUUCCAAGCCAACAACAAUUGGUUGAGUCUCAUCCCACUGAUCAUUUUACGGAUGAGAUUACCAAUACCGAGACGAAAUUUUCGUCAGUGAAGAAAUCAAGCCGACGUUUCUCGACUGAGACAACCUCUGAGACCAUUGAAGAGUUCUCAGAUCACGCACCUCCAUCACAUGCGCCCGGUAUUCGUGGUAAGCCAGGUAGCGGUCGUCCGCCUACUCAAGAUUUUUCUACCCACGGAUUUCCUUCAGUGAAGCCAAAUAAGCCAACUCAAGAAUAUCCGACGGAACGGCCACAUGGGGCGCCACAGUCGCAAAGACCUGACUUCAGUACUCAUGGGUUUCCUUCGGUAAGCCCAAAUAAGCCUACACAGGAGUAUCCUGGUGAUCGGGUACGCCCCUCAGAUGUCGAACGUCUUAAUCAACGAACUGUGACGGAGUUGAAUAACACCAGUUCUAAUGUUCCAUACGGGUCUCCUGCAGUGAAUCCAAAUUCAAAAAUUACUACCACUAAAGAUGGAGAUGUGAUAAUCGUAAGUUCAGAAUCCACCCGCAGUUCAAAGUUUAAGACCAAUGCGGAGCGUGUUAUCGAAACAGAAGUAGUGAUCGAUGGUGAUUCCAGUCCUAAUCGUGGGUUUCCCGCAGUAAAGCAAACAUCACCGGGAGGAAGAGAUUCGCCCAGGUAUGGUACGCCGACCAGGGAGUACCCGGGUAGUCCACGUAGACCACAACCUGCUGAAGAUUUUUCUACUCAUGGUUUUCCAUCCGUUAGAUCUCCAACAAAGCAAUCAACUGAUUUCCCAGCAAACGGUUUCCCAUCUGAUAGAGAUGUAGCCAAACCGACAUCAGCACAUCCUGCACCGUCUAGAAUUAUCAAUCCGGAUGGCAGCGUAACAACAAUUAGUUCGGAAACGAAGAAAACUAUUAAGCAUAAUACGAAUAGGGAGCACAUUAUUGAAACAGAGAUUGUAGGCGAUAGUCAUCAACCAUUGCCGUCCGGACUACGUCAACCAGACAAAAUUACAUUCCCUCCCACACCUCAACCAACAGAUUUUGGUACGCAUGGGUUUCCUUCGGUAAGAGAAUCUGCUCCUACUAAUGACGCAUACCGUCGGCAAGGAACACCAACUCGCGAAUAUCCUAGCAGUCCUCACAAACCACAACCAUCUGCGGAUUUCUCCACACAUGGAUUUCCCUCGGUAAAAGAUUCCGCACCGGUAAGAGAGAGCACACCCUCACGAGACUAUCCGAGCAGUCCACGUCAAAAUCAACCAUCGCAAGAUUUCUCCACUCAUGGCUUUCCGUCUGUGAGAACACCCAACAAACCUGUAUCGGAUUAUUCAACGCCGAGUGGUGGCUUCCCCUCUACCAGGGAUACUAAUGCACCCAAGUUAAUGCCAACUCAAUCAAGACCACAACCAAGUACCACAACCCCACAAAAAUCUACAACUACAACAGACUCAUCACAACGCCUAAUAUCAAAAGAAAGAGAUGUAGAUGCUACACAUCGUGCUUUUGCUGCUUCUCUUCGAUGUUCCUCACCAGUGGAUAGCCCAGAUCAUCACCGCAGUACGCCGCGCUCCAGUGUAUCAUCGACCAGAACAUUUAGACGCGACGGACGAGAAGGAUCCCAUGAUAGUGAAACUAGCCGUAUCAGUUCGGGUACAGUUACGCGUUCUUCGCCAAGUAAGAGUGUUGGUAAAACUGUCGUUACAAAGCAAACUGUUGUUAAAACUCGUAACGUGAAUGGUUCUAACGAAACAAUUGAUUUAACACCGCAGCGCCCCACAAAGUCACCUUCUCCCAAUAAGGCCACAACCACGACCACUACACGCAUCACGACAACUAGAAAGAGUCCAACCGAAGUGCCCAAACCAGUCUAUCCUUCAGAUAAUCAAAAAUCUAAGCAAGCUGAAAACACAUUUCCUAUUAUUAACGAACCACUAACCAUCACAAAAACCCACUUUACUGCAAAUGACGCCAGCUUCCUCGGUAACGAGGUGGUGGAGAAGCCAUGCAUAAAAAAACACUUUUAUAAACUUGGUCCGUCCGACAAAGUAAUCAACAAUGUUGACGAAAAGUCACCAUAUUCAUCAGCACCAAGUAAUCAUACAAAUCGCACUCAUCCCAAACCUAAAUCCCAAGUUCGGGAUGAUUUAGCGGAUGUUAACCACGAAGAGCCCAUCCAUAAUCAACCACUAAGUUCAUCAGUAAUAGAACCUAAACAACGUAAUCGUUCACCGACAGGACCAAAAAGUAGUAGUCCACAAACCAUUUGUCAACCAUUCAAGAAAGAACCCAGUGUUGGGCGUAGGACUGAUGUGAGAGAGAGUACAUUCGAAAACACAGAUUGGCAAAAUACAAUACAAAAUUCAAAUGAAACUCAAUAUCCCGUUACAUAUGAUAAGGAGCCUAAAGAUGAAUACAUUGAAACUAUCUAUCUAAACGAAACGCCAGUUGAUACUUCUGAUUAUCCCAGUAAAAGAGGAGAACCUAAUAAACAACCAUAUAAUAAAAAUAAAACUGAGUUUGUAACGAAAACGACCACUCGUAUAGAGAAAUUUCAGAAUAAUGAUACUUUUAAUGACACCGACGAGUUUAUUACCAGACAAUCACAUGAAAAAGAACCUUCGGAACCAAGAGAUACAAACCCUGUUUCGAAGAAACCUUUAGACUCAUUAGGCAAAAGACCAAAAGAAGGUAAACCCAUCGAACCUUCAAACAGAAAACAAGGGGAGAAACAGCCAACACAGCCUGCAGAAAAAGUACCAGGGCAGAAACAUCCAAUAAACAACUCUCCUAGUCCGACAAGACGAACUUCCGAUGCUAGAACGUCAAAAACAACCUCUACAACAGUUAAAACUACACGCAAAGAAAAUAUAUAUGACGUUGAAGAUGACAAUCAACCCAAAAACACAGUCGAUAAAAGACCCAAUCAAACAGACAAAGGAAAACUGAACGACAUUGACCAUAGUCCGACAAGAAAACCAUCAGACCAACCAUCGAACAAUAGGCCGAAAAACAUUCGCCAGCAGAAGCCACAGGCAGCUGAUGACAUCACUCAACCCCAUGAGCCAUUUGGUAAAAAUGCAGAUAUUGAAAACCCUGAUGACUUUAGCUAUAAGAUCCCAACGAACAAGAGGCCGUCGGUACCUGAAAGUAGUCCCACCAGGCAAAUAACAGAACGCAAAACAUUAAAGACCACAUCAGAAACUACUCGCAAAAAUAAAACACAUCCCGUAGAAGAUGAUCAUCAACCCGACGAACCAUUGAGAGGUAAACCGGGCCAUGAAAGGACUAUUGACAAAAAGAAACCAAACGAUAGCAGACCUUUAGAUGUAAAACUUAUCAAAGAUGACCAUAGUCCCACCAGGACUACUUCGGAUGCAAGCAAAUUAAAGACAAGUACCGUUACAACUACCGUUACGAAAAUUCACAAGAAUACCGUAUCGCCGACUAGAAACAGCAAACCUACAGAUAUAAGAAGCUCUGUACCGAUUCAUAAAAAUCAAAUAAAAGAGAAGCCAUCAGAAAAAUUACCAAAGUACACGAAAGCAGCAAAACCAGCACCUGCAGGCGCUGUUGAGCCUGAACAAAGCGAUGAUGAACAUAUCCCAACUGGUAGAGAACCAGCUAAAAAACCGUUAUCAAAAGUUGAUGAUUACAGUGAAACCAAAAAGUCAACUAAUAUAAGAUAUGUAAAUACGAAUCGUGCUACUUCAACUGUUCAAACUCCAUCCGAUGAAAAAUAUAAGCCCGUGCAAAGAGGUAAAUCACCACUUUCUAAGGGACCUUCAGAUAUUGAGUUCAGUGAUGAUGAUCAGAAAAUAAUUGAGAAUAUACCUGUAGAAACAACACGAUAUAAAACAAUCCAACCCACUAGUGAGGAUGAUUAUGAAAUUAAAAAGCCUGUUCCACGUAAACCAGCGCCUGAAAAUAGUGAGGAAGAUUCGAACGACGACAAUCAGCGCUCUACUUUUAUAACAACUGCAAUCAAAACGGUGCGUGCAGAUAGACCUCAACCGACAUAUCAAACAAUUGACGAUGAAACCAGACGAGUUCAAGAGCUUUUCAAUAAAACCGAUAAGACGAAAGUAACAAAGAAUGUAAAUGAGGAAUUCAUAACUUUCGAGCAACAAGUGGGAGGUAGAGUUCCAGUUCUUAACAGACCUGAAGAUGAACCCGGAAAGCCAAGCAAGUUUAAUGGUAAAGAACCAAAAUCUAAACCAACAAUCAAAAAUAGAGAGCCCGAUUACAGAGUUGAUGAUGAUACUAAUAUUUCAAAAAUAAGUUCUGUUACAACUACUUUAAAAAUACUUGGCCGAGAUUUACCUUCAAUUAAGAAACCAUCACAGCCAGAAGAUGAGAAACCAAAAGUGCCGCAACCCAUAGAUACAGACUUAAGUGAUGAUGAUUUAGCCACACAUGAAACAUAUGAAACGACGACAACCAUUAAAGGCAUUCGUCGUGAUACUGUACCUGCAAAUGUAGAGGGCGAACAACCUAGGUCUGAUAACAAGAAGUUCCCAAAACCAGACGGCGGAAAAACUAGACCAUCAAAGCCUGCUAAUAGUGACAAUGAUCGCAGUCCAACAAGAACUCCAACCGAGGGCAAUACUUUGAAAAGCGUCACUAUUACCACUACCACCAAAAAUACCGUUUGCGGAAAACCAAGCGAACUGCCGCACGAACCCGCUGAUAAACCAACGGGUAAAACUCCAACUUUAGAUGAAACUGAACGAGUUGACGCGCUCUUUAAAACCACCAAUAAAACGAAACACACUAAAAACUACAACGAAGAAUUUAUUAACAUUGAGAGCCAGAAUAAAGAGACGCCAGAUGGAGCUUUUAUCUCAAAAGCACCUGAGUCGGAACCAAGUUCUCCUACUUUUAAGAAGAAAGGUGUUAGCCCAAGAGAAACUUUUGAAGAUCGAUGUCGUCAAAUUUUAGGCAUGGAAAAUUAUGGUGAUACCCCAGGUACCUACCAGAGGAAGCCCGAAGACGAAUCCGACCAAAAAGAGCCGCUUCCCGUAGAUACCACAAAAUUCGAAGUUAAAAUCGAGGACUGUGAAGAUGAUGAACCAAAUUAUCUAAAUAAUAUAAAGGCAGCCAUUAAACCCAUAGAGAAACCCAAAACGCACAAAACUAGUGAUAUUUCCGAUGAGGAGCUUGUUGAGAAUCUCGUUGAGGAAGUAGAGUGUAUUCGUACAGAUACUGUUGUACCCUUCAAAAAUACUUAUCCAGAAAGGGAACCAUCCAGUGAGACUACUCCUAAAUCAACACGAGUAAUUAAGACGGACAUAAAAGAGGAAGAAGAUGAGAAUAUUGUCAAUAAGACAACAUCAAAACUAGUAAAGAAAGCACCAAGCCCGUUACCGAAGGAAGAGCAAUUAGAAGAUGUUGAACUAGAAGAGUUUCCACUCAGUGAACCGGAAUCGCCUGAAAAGGAAACGGAUGAUGAGUCUCAACCGGAUACAGUUGUGCCAGAGAGGGAGACACAAUAUACCGAUGAAUUCGAGAUAGAAGAGCGGACAAAUUUGGUGGUUAAGACGGAAAAGAAGCAACCCUUGAAGUCAGAUAAGAAAUUACCUGUUAAAAAAUCUCCAAAUACUAGUCCAACCAGAAAGCCAAGUGGGAAAACAUUACCUUCGAGUUCAUACCCUUCAGGUCGCUCUACAGUCACACCAACAAAACCUGUUGAUUCUAAACCUAAACCACGCGAAACAAAAGUCGUAAGCAAUACCAAGCCAAUUUCCAAAUCUCCUGAGAGUCCUGACAAGGACACUGUUCUUAGAAAAGAUAAACCAGUAUCUUCCACAAAGCCACGCACAGAGCGUAUUCAAAAAUUAGAUACCCAUACAGUUUCUAAUAGGCAACCAAAAACACCAAGCAAGGAGUCGCCAACAUCAACAAUCAAAGAUCGAUUACGAUCUUCCCCUCGAAAUAAAAAGCCUUCCACCACGGAGUCUGAUUCUUCACCUGACAUGAGUCCAACACGUCUAACUGAACGAAGGCGCUCCAGUAAUAUCUCGGUCCACACAGAAAUUAUUAUUGAUCACUCUGGGCCUAAAUCUCCUAAGCCUACUAAAAAGAUGCCGGAGAAACUUACGAAUCAACCAAAAAAAACUGUUCCGACAGACACCAUUUCGCAGACAAAACCAUUCCGCAGAUUUCCUGUUACAGAACGAAAGGAAUCUGCUCCGGUUCCCAGUGUUUCGCGCAAGGAUAAGGAUGUAAAAAUGACUCGGUCAACUAGUGAGAAGGUUAUGAAAGUAACUGAAAGGCCAGUUAAGAAAACUGAGGUGAGCACUCUGGAGCCAAGUGCCAUCCCAAAGAGUGAUCGACGUCCCAAUAAAUGUUUUACCACAAAAACGAUCAAUUUAACCACAACAGAUAAGCUAAUAAAUAGCGAGGAUAUGGAAAAUGUUAUUAUUGACAUACAACACGCAAAGAGUUCCCGGGAACCCUCACCAGACAAAAUUGUACCUACUCCGGUACCGGUUCAUUUAGAUACGGGAAAACCUCGCUAUCCAGAUGUCGUUCAAGAACCUGAGGAUGUGCCGCGUAAGAAACCGGUUAUCACAAACAUACCUAUUUUUGAAGAAGAGUCUAACGAAUUUAUCAAUUGUCACAUAUCGGAGGUGAAGACGGACAGAAUUUCAAAACUGGUAGAUCUAGAAGAAGAUGAUAUUCUAGAUAAUCCCACAAUCGAAGCUCCUAAAAGUCUUGAAUAUCCGCUGAUUGAUAGACCUGAUGAUGAUUGCCUCUUGAGUGUUCACGAAAAGGUUUCCAAGUUCACUCAUACAGCUGAAGAGAUUAAAAAGCCAAAAGCGUCUAGUCCAUUUAGCAGGGAGUUCGAUAAAACACCCAAAGUCCCUGAUAAUGAUGAAUGUUUAUUAACAGUUGAUGAAAAGGUCAACAAGUUUAUAAAAACAGCAGAAGAGGUGUCGAAACCAAUUACACCAGUAAGGGAGAUUGAACGACCAAGUUACACCGAAUUAGAUGAAGAAUUGCGAAAGGAUGACUGCACUUUGUCCGUUUCACAAAAAGUUAAUAAGUUCUUAAAUACUGCUGAAAAAUUGGCACCCACUGCUCCACAAAGAUCGCCUGAAUUAGUGGCAAAGAUUGUACGAACCAUUUCGAAACAGAGUGAGCCGGAGUAUCCCGAAAGCGUAACUGAUGAUGAACUAACGCCAUUUUCGCAGAAUCACACCAUCGAAAUUGAGAAGCGGCGUCAAAAAGAUAUACUCUCUCGACCAACUGUAUUUGAAAACACAACAAAAACGAACAGAAAUGCCGGCUUUGUAGAAGAGGAAGUUACAAUAGUCAGAAACACUACUGGUGUACCUGAAUACGAUGAAGUAAUCCCUCACACAAGGGAUCAUACAACGAAACUUGAACUAAAACGGCAGAAGGAUAUUUUAUCUAGACCUUCAAUUUACAAUAAAAAUGCAAAAGCAAGACCGCAGUCACCCAGCAAGCGAGAGCCUAUAAGUUCAUAUAAGCCUCAACCAUCAGAACCAAUUAAAUCACAACAGAUAGAAUACACAACAAAGAAAGUAAUCUCAGAAGAUAAUGACGAAAGUAAAACUAAAGCAGAGCGUAAACCAUCUGCUCCGACAACCAAACCUGAAAGUCGUAAAAGCCUCACAAAACCCCAAAAAUCUACAGUUGCCGUAACUCGGUCUCGUUUUGAAACUUUUGAUAACAAAAAACUUCCAUUAAAAUCUUCUACGGAACCAAAAACUAGUAGAGUUCCUACUUCAAGCAUCACUGCUCGUAAGCCAACUAAUGAACCGAAAGCACGAUUGCCUUCAACAUCUAGCAGAAAACCAUCCUCAGAACCAGACACCAGUUCUCCUUAUACCAACAGGCGAAAGCCAUUUAAUGAACCGGAGUGGCAGUCACCACAGCGAGGAGCACGAAAACAGUCCACAGAGCCUGAUAGUCAUUAUCCGGGACGAAAACCAUCUACGGAAUCUAUAAUCAAUUACGAAAAUAUUGAGUCCGAAACAGAGUUUACAUCAACAACACGUCGUAGGAGCUCAUCAAAGACAAAAGAUUAUCUGGAAAUGGUACAAACUGAAAUCGAAAGAUUUUCUCCAACUCAAAAAGAACCUUUACGAAAAAUCCCUACACAGGAAAAACAAAAACCCCAGUCUUUCUCACACAGUCCUACAAGAAAAGAUGCAACAAGCACCACCAAAGUCACCCAAGUAACUGAGCGCACAAUUCGAAACAGUUCACCUUCAGAAUGUUCUGAUAUAGAAAUCGUUGAAACCAUUUUAGAGCGUCCUACACAAGUUAAGGAACCAACACCUACAUCAACAAUUGGUCGCACGCGUGUAACAUCAGAUACAGUGGCUGCCCGACGUAACAUUUUCGAAAAUAGUUCUACUCCUAAGGGGCAGAAGCCAAGUGUGAGCAGUUCUCCGUCGCCUGUUGGACGGCGUCCUUCAUACAUGGAUCAUACAGUUAGCUCGUUAGAGCACAUUCGGCGUGAUUCAUUAGAAGUAAAUAAGCAUAACUAUUCACGCAAGUCCUCGAUUGAUUCGGAAAGUAAUUAUGAACGACGACCAAAUUCUGCUGUGAAAUUUGAUGUGCCUCAUAAACCACAACGAUCGACUAGUAUUCCCGAGGAUAUUGAUGUUGAGAGUAUUUUCGAAUUAGAAGUACUGGAAAGUUUAUUGGAGACAGUAACAUCAUACGAGUUAAGGCGUAGAAUUCGUGCUCAAAUACGUUUGGUUAAGAAAAACCUUCUCAACACUGAAAUGGUUGACAAAAGGAAGACCGAGACUAAAACAUCGAAGUCCAUUAGCUCAACUCAUAAAACAUCUACUUACAUAUCAAAUGUGCAUAAUGAAGAAAAUGACUCCAUUCAUGAGGAUAUAAAAACAAAAAAGCCAUAUGAGAGUAAGCCCAGUCCAAAACAUUCGCCACAACUCACGAAGGGUGGUCGAGUACCUGAAAGCAAAGAUGUACCAAAAAAAUCGCCAUACGGCUAUAGUGAAAGUCGCUACAAUAAAGAAGUUACAAGAAAAACUACAACUAAUGAUAAAACACCAAAUGGUCGUAGCGAAAGUCCCAAACGUCCUACGAAAACUCUCCAUGAACGUCAUCAUAGCCCCGAAAUAAAAUCUCCACAAGGAUCUGUGAAAGAAGUAUAUCACACAACAGGUUCAUCGUUGUCUACACAUAAAGAAUACAUACGAAACGAGCAAACGGACUACUCAGAAGAGAGUUUUAAUAGCUCUCGCCGCGUGAAUCAGAGUUCGGAACGGUUUGAAAAAGAUCAAAGUCGUGAACGCAGUUACAGUCCCGAAACCAAAAGUCCUAUAAGAGAUAGCAGACGAAGUCCAGAUUUAAAAACUAAAUCUGUGCCUGGUACACGUACUAAGAGUCCCGAUACCGGAAAGCCAACUUCCCAACGUACAACCAGUCCACAAGGCCGAACGCCAAAACAACGUGACGACUUAUACAGCAUUUCGAAGACAACAACAGUUAAAACCACACAUUCACCUGAACGCAAAUCGAGUAAGCCGAGAACUGAUGAGAGUACACCUAUUUGGGCAGACCGUAAAAAUUUGCUAAAGAGUCCAAGUAGUACCCCGCGCAAAGUGCCAGCUUCGCCGUCAAUGCGUACCACGGCAACGAAAACCACAACUUCAAAGUCAACGAGUCAACGCCAAACUCAGAACAGAAACUUCGAAGAGGACUCCAUUACUUCAAGUUAUGGUAUUGGACCGACAGACGAAAAUGGCUUGCCACUAUUCGGUAUUAAGGCGCUGAAAAAGAAGAAGCCGAGUCAGCCCUGUGAAGCAACCGAGGAAGUCACAGGCUAUGUCAUCGAAGAGAAGUAUUACUCUGAUAAUAAAACAAAGCCCAAAGUCGAAAGAAAGGAAUACAUUUACUCAACAAAUGCUGAUGAGCUUGAGGAAAUCAAGAAAACUGUUGAGCAGAGUCGUAAAUCCUCACAAGACGAUGUAGACAUUAUCAGAAAGUUUGAGAAAAUCGAUAAGGACUAUGUUUUCGAAAAACCAGAAGCUAUAUUGCCAGAUUCAGAAGAUUUUGCAACAUCGAGCAAAUAUGUGCGAAGGGGCUCUGUAAAAGAGUUGAGUGAGAAAUUCAUACGAAAAGAGUCCUCUCAAUCGACAACAGAAAAAUCGGCUGGUUAUCCUAAAGCCGGAUUAAUAUUACGCACCAGCCGUGGACCAUCAACAGAUCCAAGUGGAGAUUCAUAUGAAACAACCACAGAAAAAUAUACAACGACGUCCAGCAGCGGUCAUGCUUACCGCCCAACGGAAGGAGACUCCGAUGACGAAUAUAAUGUACAGCUGCGCCAAAAGCAAUCGCGUGUUUUUACUGACUACGACGACAACGAAAGCGAACAACGUCACUUGAGUACUCGUUCGUCGAGUAAGUCCACACGCUCAUUCCUUAACAGUUGCGGUGAAACUAAAGUGGUAACAAGUAUGGAUGAUGCGCUGGAGCGUAUGCGUAAUGCGGACUAUGUCGUCGAGGCUGGAGACACGGCUGAAGAUCAAGAGGCGCGUUCAUUACUGAAUAAAUUUUUAGGUGCAAGCGUUAUAAUGAAGGGCGUGGAGAGUGUUUUACCUACAACGAAACAAACAACAACUACAACCAUUACUAAAACUUCAUAUGCGGACGAUGAUGCUGACAGCGAUCUACUGAAGAAUAAAGCGGUGAAAACCACUCGUAUAACGAAAACGACCAAAUCAGGAAGCUCUUCAACACCAGUUACCCGUACAACUUGUGAUAUCGAGGAGAUCUGGGACGAAGAAUUAUUACAAGCAUUGCUUGAACAGGCCACAACAUACGAAGAACGCCGGAAGAUACGCGCGCGUCUACGAGAUUUAAUGGCGGAACGUGAAGAGAAAAAAGAUUUGAAAUCGGGUGAAAUAUCCGAAAACGCUCCAGAAGUCGAUGAAAGCAGUGCUAGUGAAUACGAGGAGAUCAUUGAGGAGAUUACUGUUAGCGACUACAGUGAUGCCGAAGAUGGUAUAGGCGGAGAAGAAAUAAUUUCAAACCAAAAUAAUACUAUUAGUGAAAGCAAAGAUCAUAAAAAGGACGUAGAAAAGGAAGAGAAAGAAAAAAAAGAAACUGUAAAAGUACAAGCGGCAAGCAAGCCAAAAAUUGAUAAAACAGAAAAGGUAGAGGAAGUCGAUAAGAAAGAAAAAUCGGAAGCGGAAGAGGAAGUAAAUAAAAGUGAAGAAGUUCAAGCAACCGACAAAUCGGAGGCAAAAGCCGCUGAAAGCGAUAUCAAAGCUUCAAACUCUGCAAAAAAAGAGUGCGAAGCGAAAUCAAGUGUCGAUAAAACCGAUUCGAAUUCCGUCAAUGACGGUGAGUGCCUAGUGCCACUAUUGCAAGGCAUAUUGCAAAACAGUUUACCAAAAGUAAACGCCAAAUUACAGAAAACUCCAGAAAAAACUUUAAAUACGGAACUGAACCAAGCAGCAGAAACUAGCACACGUACAAAUAAAGCCUGUAGUAAUAGUAGUAGUAGUGAACGUAGUGAUUUGUGUACUGUUAAUAAUUACAACAAUAAUUGCACCGACCACACUAACACAAACAACAACACACAAACUGAAUCAAAUAUUCAAACAAUUAACGACGACAGUAAAAAUUACACAAACACAAAUAGGUCUUUAGCCUCAGAAGCAUCUCAAUCGACAAUGACACGUGACAUUGUAAUGAAAACGAGUAAAAGUACCGCCAAGAGUAGUGGCAGUAGUAAUCGUUCUAGUGAUAGCGUUUCUACGCAGAAACAGUUAGAUAGGUUAGGUGUUCCUCAGAGAGAAGACUCAGGUACGGAAAGUGGUGAGGACUUGCGUCUAAUUGCAGCAGGUCUACGUGAUAGUUUGCAAUUGCAAAGUGAUACAAAUUUAAUCGAAGAGGUGACAACCGCUCUAGCCCGCUUGGAGCUGUCGUUGAAAGAGGGCAAAGAUAUACCAGUUGAUGGUAGUAAACGCGAAGCUUUACUUGCUUUGGUCGCACGUCUACAGACAGGCCUCACUUCACCCGACGCUGCACUUAAUUUGUCAAAUAUGGCCUCCAAUACCGGGCCAUAUGAUGAGACCUCAUCGCCAGAGGCUGAUGCGCAUCGUUCAAAUCGGCAACGUUUCGCGCGUCGUCGAAAUCGCAAUAGUCGUCAUACAGUCGGGGUAAGUCGCGAAGAAUUGGAGGAUGCACGUCGUUACAUGGAAGAUAUGCAAUUGAUAGAGAAUAUAUCCAAUUGCACAACACCUGAAAGUGGUAUGACGGCGAAUCCUAAUACCCCGCCACAAUGGUUUCCCAUCGAGAAAAAUGCACCACCGAGUACGAUACUCCCGAGUACGUCAUCUUCGACACUCUACCGUCCAAAUCAGUUUGUGCCUACACAACUAAAGAACGCUACGACGUGUUUCAAUGGGGAUAAUCAAAACACUCAUAGAGAAAAAGAUAAUCCGAAAAGCAAACGCCCAUUAUCGGGUAACUUUUCGGUCAGUUUUCAGCCGAAUGUAGACAAACAAAACAACUCGAAUGUCAUGCAAGAGGAACCAUCAGAAUUCCAUUUGAAUGGUAGUGAGUCGCCGGAUUCAAGCCUCAAAUCAAAUCGCUUUUCUAGCAAAAAACAACUUUUGAAACGGGCAAACACCAUAGAUAUACCAAAGUCCAAAAAAUAUAAUCCCGACUUUGAUACAGAUUCCGAUGUGGAGGACAAGGCUCCACAGCUAGGUUUAAAGCGUACUCUUCAAGUAAAUGUAAAGCAAAAAGUUCGCAACGUUAUACCACCGUUCGUACCAAAGACUGAAAAUGAUCAUAAAUUUCUAGCAUUCAUCAAUAAACAAAGCACUCAGCCUGGCCUUGGUUGGGCAGGUUCGCGUUCGGUAUCAAAUUGGACUAACAAAUUCGGUAAUUUGAAACACACUUUCGAGGUGGGAGCCGCUGCUCAGGCCACAACCGGCAAGCCACCACAAGCGCCCGGUCAUGUGUCACAUAGCUCAGCUAAGAAUUACUGGCAGAAGCAAGUAUUGUCGCAGGACUAUCAGCAACAGCAACAGCAACAACAACAACAGCAGCAAUAUCUACAAUACCAGCAGCUGCAACAACAGACUUUGCAACAUAACCAGCAGGAGGCAAAUGAACGACAACGACGUCUGGAAAGAGAGCGACUUGAGCGUGAACGUAUAGAAUGUGACCGUUUAGAGCGCCAGCGUUUGGAGCGCGAACGUCAGGAACGCGAUCGAAUCGAACGGGAGUACUACGAAAGAGAGAUUAUGGAGCGAGAGCGUUUAGCCGCCGCGCAACAUGCGGCCAUGCCGAGCAUGACGGUACCAAAACCAGCACCGGUCAACAAAUUUCAACAUGCUCCUCAAUCAGUUUUCCGUCCCAUUGACAACAAUGACACAUUUAGUCAUAAUAUUUUCAAACCUAUAGCACAAAUGCCGCAAAAGUUGAAUACUUGGCAGCCACCAUCUAUUUCAAAUAAACCCCUCUCAGCACCAGCACAGAUAUCGCCUGCAUCACCGCAGUUCCUGACCACAAAACAGUCAGUGAAUGGCACACAUGUAACAUCACCUUCAUCUACCACUUCAUCGCCCAUAGGUUUGCCGUGGGUUGCGAAGCCCGCUGUGGACAAUACCGAUUUUAGAAAGAAAGCGCAUACAUUCGAGGAACGUUCUCAAAAUGAUAAUCGUCAAAAUUCCUAUUUGCAGAGGCAUCAUUCGCUGCGUUCGCCAAAGGUUAGUCAACAACAAAUGGAUGAAUAUAAGAAACGACCUUCGCUACCCAGCACUGCUGAUCCUUAUAUGGCCGCACAGAGUCAAUAUGUACCACAACAGUCGCAAGUUUAUAGCUCAACGACUAAUGUAUACGCCCCACCGCCUCCGCCAACAAAUAUCUCAUUUACGUAUGCCGACAUGGGGCGCACCAGCAACUACAAAAGUUAUCCCUGCUUGCCAUCGGCUGUUGAGACAUCCAUAACUGCGGACUAUGCGCGACCGCGUGAAAGCUCGCUAACGAAUCCGAAUGCAACACCAUUGGUUCUGACCAGCUCCAAUCCGACCUAUGAACCCUCUGUAGGUAAUCGAGCACACUACAACAGUAUUCCACCUGUAAAGCAAUUCGAUUUUGCCAGCCCUUUAGAUAGUGCCCCAACAAGUCCAAGCAUUUUAACCAUGCAACAAACAGAUUACACGGACGAUGACAUCGAUUCGGAUAAUUUAAUGGAAUACCGAGCGGAAACCCGAGUUAUGGGUAAGCCGCAGAGCCAGACCGCGGUCACAGUACGCGACCGACGUACAGCGCAUGCUAGUGACGAUGAGGUCUUCGGAAAGAACUCACGCAACGCACAGAACCUAUUAUAUACGAUGCGUAAUAUCGGCAAAAAUGGAAAUGGCGGAGCGAAAGUGAAAAAGGAACCCGUAAGAAAGGUGGAGUCGCCUAAAGUCUGUCUUUCGCCUGAUGGGCGUGCUUACCAAGCGCCAAUCGUUGAACCUCUGUUUCCUCAGCUCACCAAAUUUGAACCCAAUCGCACGCCAGAGUAUAUUGAUAGAGCUAUUAAAAAUCAAGCACAAAAUAAUCCCAAAAAGACACGGCCUAAAACUCCACCAAUGUCGAGUCAAAAGAUGGAUCGCACUUUGCAAUUAGCUCGUGCCGAAGAGAAAUACCUAAAUAAAUACGCAAAUUUAGGUAAACCUGCGAAAGAAUACCAGCAGCAAGUAAAGCAUCAAAUGAGUGGUAGCGUAUCCAAUAUAUCUUCAACAAACUCAGCUCCUUAUGUAAGUGAAACACAAACUGCCUAUGUGGUUACAUAUCCGACCGAAGAGAUUUACGAGAAUGGUUAUACUAAACAAGUUCCAACUUCGUUGCCUUUACAGCGAAACCGCAAUGUUUCUGAAAAUUCGUCUGCUAGUUCGACAAUAUCACACAAUUUACCAUCGCCCGGCACAAGUUGGACGCCCAAUCCCAUUCAUGUGGUCGAUGAAAUAAUGCCUACAAACAAGUCAAGAAAGGCUGGUAGCAUUAAUAAUUUGUCACAAAACACGUACCAACCACAAACGCAAAACUACAACAAUGUACACAGUAUGCCACAAGCAAAACCAAAUGUGGCAGCUAAGCCUUCAGUACCAAGUGCUCAGUACGUACCGCCACCACAGUCCCAUUCAACAUACCAGCAACAAUAUACUCAAGCUCAAUCCUCUAAUUCGAAACCUACAGCUCGGCAGCAAUUAGAAACUAAAUUGCCACAUCAAGAAAGACAGCAUCAACCAAAACCCGAAAUUGUACAACAGCUGCCGCAAGCGAAAGCUAAGCCCACACCCAAAUUGUCAACGCGAAGUCAUACAAUAACUUCUGCUUCGCAAAGUCAAUCCUUCGAACAACAUAACGAGACGCAGCAAAUGACUUUACCAAAACAACGUCCAUUCGAUGUGGAGAUUACUCCUUUGCAAACUCAGAAUCGCGUUCUCUCACAACAGUCAUUGAUCUCCAGUAAACAGCGCCAAUUUGAGCAGAGCGAACAAGAGCAACAAAAAAUUGCUGAAAUUCGCCGCAAAAGUCUUGGUAACGUUUUGGAUAUUCAGCAGCAGCAAAGAAGAGCUGCAUACUUGUCCGAAGCGAAGACUGUCAUUAAGCAGGAGUAUAAGUCAUCGGCGCCGGCAGAUACGCCAGACAUCGUUAAGUCAUCACUGCCCAAAGAGGAUAUGCCCAUAUUGAAAAAGUUCGGUCCACCACAACGUCAUCAUUAUGUGCCAAAUUCAUAUCAGAGUCCUGUAACCAAUAAGCAAACACAAAAAUUCGAGAGCAGUACAAGGGUCAUAAAGAACACAAAACACGAAAUAGUUCAGCAUUCAACGUUGACCAAAAAACCAUCGAUUGUGGAAAUACCGGCCACUCCACAGCCGGACGAAGAUCUCAUACCACGCAACAUUGUUUUUAACAACAUUAGCGCAUUCACAUCCAUGUCACGUCGACAGGAAGAAAAUGGCCAUACGCUUGUUGACUCACACCCACGUACGAAUCGUUUGAGUAAGAGCGAUUCAUGGAACCAAAUUUUACAAAUGCAAAAUCAGACCAAUAUGCAACUGCCACCUAACUCGCCGAAGUUUGGUAAUAGCGGAGCCAGUGGAACUGAAUUGCGUCGCACUAAGUCUGGGCAUACAUUAAAUGUGCGCAUGUAUGAGGCGGGUAUUGAUAAGGCCGAGGUUGGUGACAAAAAACGCACCGUCGAGGCUUAUUUCACAGGCAAAAAGUCACCCAAUCAACUUGGAGGAGAAAUGGUGGAAAUGAGAACAGCAACAACGACAACUGCGACAACGUCCAACACAGCUGGAACAAAGAAAUCGACAAUAAAUCGACAUAAGACAAGUGAAAAGAUUUCGGCGAGUCGCAAAUCGCUGACCACAAUGACGAGCAAUGGCGCGCCUGCAGGAGCAAUUGUGCUAGGCGGUGGGUUGACACGAAGCGCAACAAUGCCGCAUAUAGCGAAUUUGAAUCUACUUGACGAGAGCAACGUUGAAGACGCCUUCGAGCAACUAAUGAUGGGUUCGUAGGACGUAAGGCUCGCAAGCUGAGCUGGGGUCACACGUGCCAACCAUUCCAAAUUGUAAAAGAGUGCCAAAAUGUUCAAAGCGAAGGAAAACCGAAAAUCGAACAUCAAACAUGAAGAAAAGCUUAGUUGGAGAUGCACAAAAAAUGUUGGCCUGCAAACUCGCACAUGAUCACAUUGAAAUUUAUUUUCUGCUAAGUUAUUCGCCAUGUGUCGAACGUUGCUCAUCGUCAACAUUAUAAAUUAAUAUUUUUUAGCCCACUUUUCCUCCCUCACUAUCUCUCUCUUAACCCACCUACUUUAUUUUUGAUUUGUGGUACUGGUAUUUUUCACCGGACGAAUUGACAUGAAGAAAACGGAUGUUGAGGGACUACAUGUUGUUUUAUUAUUGCAACUUUUACACCGAUUUCAAAUUAAAACAUACAAUCUACAAAUAAACGCACAAACGCAAACAUAUGCAAUUCACACGCGCAGAACUCUUAUAUGAUUGCAAACUCCUUAUACGUAUUGCCUGCUGGCCUUUGAGAGAGCUUGAAUGUUGAACAAGUAAA